UCCGGUGGUGAAUUACGUAGGUGCUUUGAUAGUCGAAGAUGUCGUUUAACACUCCAACAACAUCGAAGUCGUUCUUAGAAUCUCCAAGAUCAUCGAAGACGAGGCUAAGAACGCCAAACUGGAGUCGAAAAGAAAAAAUGGCUUUACUGCAGCUGGUUGAAAAGCAUGUCCACGUGGUUAACAGUAAAAGGACAGACGCGAUUGCGUUGGCGUGGAAAAACGAAGCCUGGCAAAGCAUUCAUUCGGAAAUGAAGGAUAAAUUCAAGAUAAAUAAAAAUCUUACACAAAUUAUAAAGCAGUGGCGACGAUUAAAGUACCAAGUUGGAUCGCCGCAUGGCAGCUUCAAUAAAAAGAUUCAAGCCGCGAGCCCGAGGGGAACCAAAGAAUGUGAUCUCGCGUCGAAAGUGCGGCAGCUAUCGGAGACGACCGUUGAAAGUAUUCUGCACGACUCGUUGGAGGCUGAUAUUUUCAGGAAAGGUGAAAUUAAUAUUCCCGCGAGAAUGACAACGCCAACGCGGUCAUCUCGCGAAGCUUCUACUGGAGAGGGCGAUGCGACGAGCUCCGGUAGUGUAACGCCAUUAGUGUAUGGUGCCCAUUUGAUCGAACAGUACUUGUUGGGCUUACGAAUUUUUCAGACGGCUACAAUGCAACGCGCAGUUAGAACCAUGACACGGAAUAUGGCUUCGCUCAGCCAAGCGAGAAUGGUUGGAGAGCGUGGUUCUGGAGCUGGCAAAGGUGGCGGCGGUGGUGGUGCCAUUCGUGAAGCCGGCGGUGCCUUUGGUAAAAUGGAAUCCGCUCACGAGGAUCAGUAUUUCUACAAUAUGGAUAAAGACAAGAUGCAGAAACUGAAAGAAGGUCUCCACGACGAGAUCUCUUUCCACGAAGAACAGAUCAAGCGCCACGAAGAAGCCAUAAACCGUCACAAAAAGAGAAUCACAGAGAUGAACCACCAGUAAACCGGUUAGGUUGUUACAGUAUCCUCUGGGAUAAAGUGUGAAGUUAUCUAUUAAUAAUAUUAUACUUGUUACUUUUAUUAUAUCGCUUGUACUUUUUCAUCGUGUCUGUAUCUUUUUCUUCUUUUUAAUUAUAGUAUUGUCUAAUAAACUAAAACUACGUUACUUGUAAUACGCGUUAAGUACAUGAGAAAAGACUUUGAA